CGAGUCCUGACAUUAUUUGCUUAGUGAUAAAUUUCCCCAUGACCCAUAUUCCUGUCAGAGCUGAUGAAAUCUCAGUCUGAGGGGGAUUUAAAAGCGAAAAGAAAACAGGAGAAGUCUAAACUGACUGAUUUUAGAUAUAGACUUCAUUAGAGCUGAGAGUGUUUCAGAUGGACUCUCGCGGCCUCCUCGCGCUCGCGCUGAUCCUCUGGUUCCGUUGCCAUGGCGCCCUCUCGUGUCCGGUGCGCUGCACGUGUCACUUCGGCAUCCAGUCAGUAGAGGCAGUGUGUCCCGAUGCGGCGCUCUCGCGCUACCCUAGCGACGGUCUCCCAGGCAACACCACCUCCCUAACCAUCCAGUUCACCAACCUGAGCAGCGUCUCCGCCCACGAGCUGGGAGCCACGCCCCUUCUCCAGGAGCUCCACCUACCAGGAAACAGACUCAGCAGCUUACCGGCGGACCUGCUUACUGGUCUUCAUCACCUGCACACCAUAGACCUUACAGGUAACCAGCUACAGGAGCUGCCUGCUCGGGUGUUCUAUCAUGCCCCGCUCCUCAACCUGGUUCUUAAAGACAACUGGCUCACUAGCGUCAAUGCCGACUGGCUGCCCGCCAACAGCAGCCUCACGUGGCUCGAUCUGUCAGGGAACAAGCUGAGGAAAGUUCCCUCUGCUCUGCUUCAGAAGCUGAGCCGCCUGGAAACUCUGGACCUCUCACAGAACCUGCUAGAGGUGCUUCUAGCCGAGAGCCUCCACUCCCUUCAUGCUUUAGAGAGACUUCACCUGGAUGACAACAAACUUCAUUCCCUGGACGCCAAGGCUUUUAGCCACAACACUAACCUGACUCACCUGUUCCUUCAGAAGAACAAGCUGCGGUCUCUCCCGACUACAGUGUUCCACGGCCUCGACCGGCUGCAGUACCUGGACCUCUCAGAGAACUACCUGACAUUCCUGACACCUGGCACCCUUGGUUUAGGGAUCAGCUGGGUGGAGUUGACCUCUAACCCCUGGCACUGUGAUGCUAAAAUAGAGUACCUGUGGAAGAGGCUAAACAACGUGGAGGUGCAGUCCGAGCCGAAGUGCGCCUCACCUGAGGAGCUGAAGGACAAAGCAAUCGCAGCACUUACGCGCAAAGAGCUGGGUCUGGCAGACUGAAGAAAGAAAGGAUGAAAAUGAGAUGGAGGAAGAAGAACCCUGGAAAUGUUGAAAUUAGUGAAUAAAGGAGUGAGAAUAGCAGAGCAGAACAAGAAAUAAAUGAAUGCAGUUAGAAAAUCAAAAGAGCAAUGAUAAAGCAAAUCAACUGUAGCUUCAUGAUGUGUUAAACAAUACAAUGAUAAAAUGGAACAAGAGUAGUGUUUGCUGAUCUGAAGAUGACAAAAAAUAAAUGAUUUUGUAGGAUAAAAGAAGUCGUGUAUUUGUUCAGUUGUUGCCUCACAUCUCCCAGAGUAGUACAAAUUGCCUCCAUACAUAAAUAUGUGUGUGUGUGUGUGUUUCCUGGCAUUUCGUCUAGGAUGUAUUCUAGACUCAGGAUCCACUAUACACUCACUAUCAACUUUAUUAGGAACACCUGUACACCUGCACAUUUAUGCAGUUAUCUAAUCAGCCAAUCAUGUGGCAGGAGCACAAUGCAUAAAAUCAUGCAAAAUACAGGUCAAGAGCUUCAGUUAAUGUUCACAUCAAACAUCAGAAUGGGGAAAAAGUGUGAUCUCUGUGACUUUAAUCGUGGCAUGGUUGUUGGUGCCAGAUAAGCUGGUUUGAGUAUUUAAGAAACUGCUGAUCUCCUGGGAUUUUCACACUCAACAGUCUCUAGAGUUUACACAGAAUGGUGUGAAAAACAAAAAACAUCCUGUGAGCAGAGGGUCUACAGGCUGAAACACCUUGUAGAUGAGAGAGAUCAGAGGAGAAUGAGCAGACUGGUUCCUGCUGCGAAGAAGGAUAUAAUAACUCAUAUAAGCGCUCUUUACAACCGUGAUGAGCAGAAAAGCAUCUCUGAACACAGAACACAUCAAACCUUGAGGUGGAUGAGCUACAACAGCAGAAGACCACAUCAGGUUCCACUCUUAUCAGCCAAGAACAAGAAUCUGAGACUAUCAUGGGCACAGACUCACAAAAACUAGACAGUUGAAGAUUAGAAAAAAAAAUCACCUGGUCUUUUUUUGGGUGAAAUCUCAAGGUUUCUGUCAUCUCGAGGAGUUUUUCCUGGACAUCGUCGCCUCUGGCUUGCUCAUUAGGGAUAAAUUCGUAAAUUUAUAAUUUAUAUCCUGAAUUUAUAUAUUUCUGUAAAGCUGCUUUGUGACAAUGUCCAUUGUUAAAAGCACUAUAUAAAUAAAAUUGAAUUGAGUUGAGAUCACA